CUUUCAAGUUGAUAUUUAGUUUAAUAUUAAUAUACGUCAUCAAAUUUGAAAUAUCAUUGUAUCAAAUUUUUUAUUUGAUAAAAUUACAAAAAUUUAAAAAAUAUACAGUUUAUGCUGUUUUAUGUAAGAGUAACCUACGAAUUUUUUUAUUUUAUUGUUAUGAUUUUAUUUUUAAGAACUAAUUUCAAAUUUACAUUUAAUUUAAUAUUAAUAUACGUCAUCAAAUCUGAAAUAUGAUUGUUUUGUAAAUUUGAUUUAUAUUUUUUACAACUGACAUAACAACUUUUUGAAUCCGAAUAUAAAAUUUACAGUGUAAGGUGACAGAUUUUAUAUUUUCUGUUUCUACACGAAGCUUCUACGAAACCUGCAUUGUGUUGUUUGAAAAAACAGAAAUUCUCUCAUUCUCGUUCAUUUAUCGAUCUCAUUCUCAUUUCGAUCGCAUCAACCCUUCUGAAACCAAACACUGUUUUUUCUCUUCACUCAGCCAUGUCAAUGAGGAAAGGAAAAGCCAUAGGCAUAGACUUGGGAACAUCCUACAGCUGCGUGGCAGUGUGGCAAAACAACAAAGUUGAAGUCAUUCCAAACGAGCAAGGCAACCGCACCACCCCUUCUUGUGUUGCCUUCACCCAAACCCAAAGGUUGUGGGGUGAUGCUGCCAUGAACCACCGAACCAAGAAUCCACACAACACCGUUUUCGACGCCAAACGUUUGAUCGGUCGUAGAUUCUCCGACAAAUCCGUUCAACAAGACAUGAAGCUUUGGCCUUUUAAGGUUGUCUCUGCAAGCCGAGACAAGCCCAUGAUUGCGGUUACUUACAAAGGCGAAGAGAAACGUUUUGCACCCGAAGAGAUAUCUUCCAUGGUGUUGCUUAAAAUGAAAGAGAUCGCUGAAGCGUAUUUGGGUCACUCAGUGAGGGAUGCUGUUAUCACUGUCCCUGCUUAUUUCAACAACUCACAGAAGCAAGCCACUAAGAAUGCAGGGAAAAUUGUUUGUUUAAACGUUCUGAGGAUGAUCAACGAGCCAACUGCAGCUGCUAUUGCUUACGGGUUGGGCAAGAAGGGGUUGAGAGAGGGUGAAAAAAAUGUGCUUGUGUUUGAUCUUGGUGGUGGCACUUUUGAUGUUUCGUUAGUGAUGAUUGAUGAAGGAAAGUUUAACGUUAAGGCCACGGUGGGAGAUGCCCAUUUGGGUGGUGUAGAUUUCGAUAACAGAUUGGUGAACCAUUUGGUGGGUGUGUUUAAAGAGAAGCACAAGAAGGACAUGAGUGAGAAUGCCAAAGCUCUUGAGAAAUUAAGGUCAGCGUGUGAGAGAGCUAAGAGGAUCCUCACUUGGAGUUCAGAAACUAGUAUUGAGCUUGACUCUUUAUAUGAAGGAGUUGAUCUGUAUGCCACUCUUACUAGAGAAAAAUUCGAAGAAUUGAACGAGGACUUGUUCAUCAAAUGCAUGCAGAUUGUGGAGAAGUGUCUUGUUGACGCAAAGGUUGACAAAACCCAAGUCCAUGAGAUCGUUCUUGUUGGUGGGUCUAGUAGAAUUCCCAAGGUACAACAGCUUUUGAAGGACAAGUUCAGUGUGAGUGGGAGAGUGAAAGAGCUCUGCAACAGCAUAAACCCUGAUGAAUCUGUUGCAUAUGGUGCUGCAGUUCAAGCAGCAAUCUUGAAUGGUGAGGGAGACAAGAAAAUACAGGAGUUGUUGUUGCUUGAUGUGAUGCCAUUUAGUCUUGAGGUUGACACUGGGGGUGGUGUGAUGUCAGUGCUGAUUCCUAAGAACACCGUGAUCCCAGUCAAGAAGGAGAGGGUUUUCUCCACCUCCUCUGAUAAUCAAAAAUGCAUUUUGGUCAAAGUGUUGGAGUGAGAACGAACUAAGACCGAGAGUAACUCUUUUUUUGGCCAGUUUAUGCUCUCUGGGUUCCAUCCUUCACCAAAGAGAAUUCCACAAAUCAGUGUUAGCUUUGAUAUAGACGUGGAUGGUAUUUUGAAUGUGACAGCUGAAGAAAAAAUCAAAGGGUCUACGAAGCAGAUCACAGUGUACAGCAAGGGAAGGUUGAACCCAACAGAAAUGAAAAGAAUGGUGAGUGAUUCAAAGAAGUACAGGGCAGAAGAUGUAGGAAACCUUAAGGAGAAGAUUACAACUAACAAGAAGGUGAAGGCAAAGAACAGCCUUGAGAAUUUCGCUAAUGAGAUGCGGAAGAGAGCAAAGAGAAUGCAGGAGGGAGUGGAAGAAACCAUGAAGUGGAUAGAUAGUAACCAAUUAACUCUAAGAGAGGAGUUUGAAUGCAAGAAGAAAGAGUUGAGAAAGAAUUUGCGUGAUGAUCCCAACUCUAAUAUGUCAGAUUCUGAGGUUAAGGUUCCUAUAUGGUGUACAUGGAGAUUUCCACCUAAUGGUUGGGUUUGUCUCAACACUGACGGAUCAGUCUUUAAUAACCUCAGAACUGGUUGUAAAGGAGGUGCUUGUGGUGGUCUUGUUCGAGAUUCCUCGGGAUGUUUUUUAGGUGGUUUUUCGGUUAAUUUGGGUCACAUGUCAGUUAUUUUAGCAGAGUUGUGGGGUAUUGUGCAUGGCCUUAAGUUGGCAUGGGAUCUUGGUUAUAGGAAGGUGAAGGCGGAUAUUGAUUGUCUGGAUGCUCUUCGGCUAGUUAGGAAUUGCAGAGCGAAUAAUGAUCCAACUUUUGCAUUAGUUUUUGAAAUCAACGAGCUUGUUCGCAGAGAUUGGUUGGUGGAGUUUUCUCACGUGUACAGAGAAUCUAAUCGUGCGGCUGAUCAGCUGGCUCACUUGGGACACACACUCUUUGGAACUGGGUGUCAAACGCUUCUCUCAGCCACCUUCUACUCUUUUUAAGAUUCUUCAUGAUGACUUGAACGGUCUUCCUUUGCGACGUGGCGUUACCUAGUUCACUUUUUCAUACAUAAAAUGUAAAAAUAAUUGAGAAAUAUACAUAAACUAAUUUUAACAAUAUAUGUUUAUUAAAAUAUGUGUUCUUUAUGUAAAAAAAUAUGAGAACUAAUUUUCUAAUCAUAAAAUAAGCAUGUCCUUGUAAUGAUUUAUGGAUUAAUCAAUUGUGUCAGAUAGAUUAAGUGGAUUUAAUUUCUUAGUUAAGGCAUCAGUGUUUUCCAAUCUAAUGAUUUAAAAUUUUUAAACU